AUGAGUAAUUCAGAUACUGAUUCAAUUAUUGAAGAAAAUUAUCAUGAUUUAGAAGAAUUUGAUGAUUUUAUUGAUUAUAGUGAUGAAGAUGAAUUAAAAAUUAUAGAUGAAAAACAAUUAAAAGAAAUAAAUUCACAUAAUAAUCCCGUAGUAAUACAAGAUCAAGAAUCAGAUCAAGAAGAACCAGAAGAAGAUAAAAUAAGAAAAUUAACCACCACCCUAAAACCAAAUGAAACUCAAGCUCAAAAAUUAUUAAAGGCUCAUAUAUCAGUAUUAGUAUCUGCAUUAGGAGGUAUUGAUCAUGCUUCAGAUAUAAAACCUUCACCAUAUAAAUUGGGUCAUGAUGCAUUAGCAUGUUUGAAAGAUAUCAAGAGAUGGAUAAAAGCAGUUGAUGAAAAACAAAAUAAUUAUGAAGUUGCAAUAGCAUGUUCAGAAAGUGGAUUAGUUCAAAACGAUUUAAUAAUAAUACUAUGUCAAUGGGAAUAUAAAAUGCAAAAAAAGCAAAUUAUAAAAAACAAAAUGUCAAUGGAAAAAAUUAUGUUAUCAUGUUUAGAAAUUUUAGUACUUUUAACAUGGCCUAUAGAAUUUGAUAAUAAUUUAUCAGAUAAUCAAAAAUUAUUAUUUACAAAUAUUAAAAAAAAUCAUAUAAUCUACAAGAAAUAUAUUUUGAAUCAUAAUGAUGGACAAACUUUAAAAGCAGUUAUAAGGUUAGUAUUACCAGUAAUUGCUAAAUCAAAAAUUGAUAGAGAACCAAGGGAUAAUCAAAUAUUAAGGUUGGUAUUAUAUCUUAUAAGAAAUUUAUUAGCAAUUGAACCACCAACUUCUUCUAUUUCAUCAAAAUCUACAAAUAAAUCAAUGGUUGCAACUGCAGAUUUACCAGCUGGAAUAACUCAAGAUGAUAUAUCAAUAAAUAAAGUAUUAAGAAUUUUUAAAAAAAAUAAAGUAUUAAUGUUAUUACUUACAAUAUCUGGUUCAAUAGGUUCAGAAUUUGAUAAAGAUUUAUUUGGAGAAAUUUGUCUCGAAUGUAUAUAUUUAAUGGUGAAAGGUUUAAAAUCAAAAGAUGUGUUACAAAAGAUUUCACAAGAGGAUGCAAAUAUUGCUAGUGCAACUGCUCCAAUAGCUCCAAUAUCAAGUACUAUUGGUUUACAAUUAUCUGAUUUAUUAGCCACCGAGACAAAAAAGAAACAAGCACAAACUUCAAAUAUUGCAACAAGACAUGGAAAAUUUGGUACAUUAUUAUCAAUAAGAUCAUCAGAUUCAAAUUCGUAUGUUGUUUCUGGAGAAGAAGCAUUAGCUGGAGCAGAUGGUACAAUGGAUAAACUAGAUAAGUCCAAGACAUGGAAAAACAAGAAUCAUUUUAAGUAUGAUUCAGAUGAUUUUAUUAAAACUACAACACCAAUAUAUUUAAAUAAUGAAGGUAGAAUUCUACUAGGUAAAUUUAUUGAAGAAUUUUUAUCGGGUGGUUGUUUCAACAAUCUUAUUGAAAUAAUGGCAUCGAAAUUAACAAGUCAAUCUGAUUAUUCUCAAACUGAUGAAUUAUCAAAUGCAAGUUAUUUUUUCACAAUUGCAUGGUUUUUAAAUUAUCAACGUGAACAAAUUACUCUAAGUGGUGCUAAAUCAUAUGAUUUUGGUUCUGUUAGAGCAGCUUUGAGUGAAAUUAACUUCAUUUUAAUUGUUACAUAUUUUAGAAAUUCUUUUACUAAUAAAUUAUGGAAUUCUUUACAUGUUGCAAUGAUUUGUUUUAAAGAAUUAUUACAAAUUUCAAAUUCUAUAUUUGGAAAACAGAAAACCACCGAGGAAGAAGAAGAAGAACAAAGUCAAUAUGAAAUAGAUAGAGAGUUAGCUGAAGGUAUUAUUAGAAAAUUAUUUUCAUUUAAUGAUUUUUUAAAUAUUUUGGUACAAAUUCCACAAAUGUCAUUUAAACACUCGCCUAGAUUUUUAGGUGAAUCAAUUCAUGUUAUAACAAUUAUAUUAAAAUCAUUUGAAUCAUUUGCAAAAGAAGAUUUACAAUUAUAUAUUCAAACUAAAAGAAGACAAAAGAAACAAAAUAAACAAAGAGUUAAUGAUUUAGAUAGAGAUAAUGAAACUAAACUUUCUACAGCAAUUUAUGAAUCUGAUGAUGAAUUAAUACAAGAAAAUUUGAAAGAGAUUACAAAGGAAAGGAAAUUAAAUUUUCAAAAGACUGAAAUUCGUUUUUUCAAUCAAUCUAUUGUAACUACUUAUAUUGAAUAUUUAUCAAGGUUUCAAGAUUUAUCCCAUGACGAUAUAAAAAUAUGUUUAAGUUAUUUCCAUAAACUAUUUGUGGUUAAAAAGGAUUAUAAUGGAUUGUUUAGAUUAGAUUUUAUGCAUUUAAUAUCAAAAUUAAAGAACCAUUUACCAAGAGGUUCAUCAAUACGAUAUAAGAUAGAAGAAUUUAUAUAUUACUUUAUGAAAAAAUUCAAAAUUGCACUAACUAGAUUUCCUAAUAUUAUAGAGGUAUUGUUUCCCAGAAUUGAAGAAUCUUCAGUGAAAUGUUAUUUAUCAACUGGUGAACUAUAUGAACAAGAUUUUUUGAAAGAUAAAACUAGGAGAAAAAGUCAAGAAACCCAACAAGAUAGAGUAUACAAUGGAUUUACAGAUGAAGAAGAAGAAGAAGACGAAGAUAAUGAUAUUGCUUUUGAAUUAGCUGCAAACCCAAAUUCAACAAAUCAUAAUACUUCAGAAUUGGAUCAUUUGGAUGAGUUAGAACAACAACUACAAGCUUCUCAAACACACAAAUCAAGAAACUUAGAACCAGGUAAAGCUCAAAAAAGAAGAUCCAAAACCACCACCACCACAAAGAAAUCAAAACCACCUAAAGAAUCAACAACAACAACAACAAGAAAAAGAAGCAUCCCCAAAGACUUAUUGGAAGAUUCAAUUACAGAUAAAAUCAAAUCAUCAGAAUUUGUUAAUGAAUCAGAUGAUGAAUCUGACGACGAUGAUGAAUUUUUUGCUCGUGAAGAAAAAUUAAGACAAUUAUUAAAUGAAAAUGGUAAUAUAACUACUUCUGCUAAGUUAGAAGAAUUUAAAAAAGUAUGGGCUAAUUAUGCAUCACAAAGUGGUGGUCAAGUUUCCAAUGUUGUUGCUUCUGCUGUGAGGGAAGUUAGUUUGUUUGUUCCUGAUGAUGAAGAAGACGUACAAAAAUCAGAAAAAGAGAAAAAAUCUGCAGCUGAAUCGAAUGAUGAAUCGGAUAAUGUAUCAAUUGAUGAACAUUUAAAUGAACAAUUAUCUAAAGUUUCUUCAAAUACAUCUGCUGUUGAAUCAGAUACUCACUUAAAGAGAUCAAGAGAAAUUGAACAAGAUGAUGAAGAUGAUAAUGAACAACAACAACAAGCACCAAGAAAGAAAAGAACUAUUAUAUCUGAUGAUGAAGAUGAAUAA